AUGUCCGCUGUGAAGCUAAAACGCUGUGACAGAACAGCAACCCGGAGCGUUAAGAGCACGGAGCAGCAAGUCCUCACCACAAAGAUCCCAUUCAACCUCUCCUCAAAGCCAUGGCCCGCUCCCCCCACCCCCGUGACCCCCGCUGUCCCCCCUUCGUGUCCUCCCCGCUGUCCCCCCGUGUCCUCCCCGCUGUCCCCCGUGUCCCCCGCUGUCCCCCCGUGUCCUCCCCGCUGUCCCCCCCGUGUCCCCUGCUGUCCCCCGUGUCCUCCCGUGUCCUCCCCGCUGUCCCCCUUGUCCCCUGUGUCCCCCGCUGUCCCCCGUGUCCUCCCCGCUGUCCCCCGCUGUCCCCCAUGUCCUCCCCGCUGUCCCCCCGUGUCCCCUGCUGUCCCCCGUGUCCUCCCGUGUCCUCCCCGCUGUCCCCCUUGUCCCCUGUGUCCCCCGUGUCCUCCCCGCUGUCCCCCGCUGUCCCCCGCGUCCUCCCCGCUGUCCCCCGCGUCCUCCCCGCUGUCCCCCGUGUCCCCCGUGUCCUCCCCGCUGUCCCCCGCGUCCUCCCCGCUGUCCCCCGUGUCCCCCGUGUCCUCCCCGCUGUCCCCCGUGUCCUCCCCGCUGUCCCCCGCGUCCCCCCGGUGUGAGGCGCCCCGGGGCGGGCACGGCUGCGGCUGCUUCCCUCCCACCCCGCGGCUGGACGCCGGGCUGGGCCCCACGGCCUCUGCUCCUCUCCCGGCCCCACGGGUGCUUCGCGGCCCAGCGGGCCCCGGUGUCCGGGCCGGGCCGUCCUCCCGCCGAGCGGCGACCCCUCACCUGCAGACGGGGCGUCGCCCCGGGCCGCCGACCCCUCGAGCGGCCUCCUCACGGGCCGCCGCCCCACGCCGCCUCCCCACGCCGCCGCCCCACGCCGCCCCACGCCGUCACACGUCACACGCCGCCUCCCCACGCCGCCUCCCCACGCCGCCCCACGCCGCCGCCCCACGCCGUCACACGCCGCCUCCCCACGCCGUCACACGUCACACGCCGCCUCCCCACGCCGCCCCACGCCGCCCCACGCCGCCGCCCCACGCCGUCACACGCCGCCCCACGCCGUCACACGCCGCCUCCCCACGCCGUCACACGCCGCCGCCCCACGCCGCCGCCCCACGCCGCCCCACGCCGCCGCCCCACGCCGCCUCCCCACGCCGUCACACGCCGCCUCCCCACGCCGCCCCACGCCGCCUCCCCACGCCGUCACACGCCGCCUCCCCACGCCGUCACACGCCGCCUCCCCACGCCGUCACACGCCGCCUCCCCACGCCGUCACACGCCGCCUCCCCACGCCGUCACACGCCGCCUCCCCACGCCGCCUCCCCACGCCGUCACACGCCGCCUCCCCACGCCGUCACACGCCGCCUCCCCACGCCGCCCCACGCCGCCUCCCCACGCCGUCACACGCCGCCUCCCCACGCCGCCUCCCCACGCCGUCACACGCCGCCUCCCCACGCCGUCACACGCCGCCUCCCCACGCCGCCUCCCCACGCCGUCACACGCCGCCUCCCCACGCCGCCUCCCCACGCCGCCUCCCCACGCCGUCACACGCCGCCUCCCCACGCCGCCUCCCCACGCCGUCACACGCCGCCUCCCCACGCCGCCUCCCCACGCCGCCUCCCCACGCCGCCCCACGCCGCCUCCCCACGCCGUCACACGCCGCCUCCCCACGCCGCCCCACGCCGCCUCCCCACGCCGCCUCCCCACGCCGCCUCCCCACGCCGCCUCCCCACGCCGUCACACGCCGCCUCCCCACGCCGUCACACGCCGCCUCCCCACGCCGUCACACGCCGCCUCCCCACGCCGUCACACGCCGCCUCCCCUCGCCGUCUCCUCACGUCCCGGGCCGUCGCCCCACGCCCUCUCGCCGUCUCCUCACGUCCGGGCCGUCGCCCCACGCCGCCAUUCCCCACGCCCUCCAGGUGGGCGCGCCGGCCCCGUGGUCGCGGACGUGGCGCGGCGCUGAGCGCUGGCCCGUGCGCGGGGCAGGCCUGUGAGGACUGUCCGAGAGGCCGGCGGGGAAGGCGGCGCGACGGAGAAGCGGGGCUCGGGCGUGAGCUCCACGGCGAGCACCGGCCUGCUCCCCGGCCCGACGUGCCGCUGACCCCGCCUGCUCCCCGGCCCGACGUGCCGCUGACCCCGCCUGCUCCCCGGCCCGACGUGCCGCUGACCCCGCCCCCCCGACGUGCCGCUGACCCCGCCUGCUCCCCGGCCCGACGUGCCGCUGACCCCGCCCCCCCGACGUGCCGCUGA